CGGAGGAGGAGGCUGGCCAGGCGAUGCCGCUCUGGCUCCAGCUCGCUCGCCUUCCCUCCGCGCUCGCUCUUCCCCCCAGCCCUGGCAGCUCGGCGCCUAAGCGGCAAUGCUACCUGGUCGCGAUGUGGCAGGGCCGGAUCUGCAGCCGCGAUGGUAGCCGUGCGGCCAGGCCGGGCUCCUAGCUGGCGAGAGGCAGACUCCGGCGGCGGCGGCGGUGGCUGUUGCUUCCCUCCCGCCUCACAGAUGCUCCAGGAGUCCCUUUGCAACCCCGCUCUGUCUCUUUACGCCAAGGGACCUUCAUGGCAUUGGCAACGAGACGGAAAGAGGCGUGAAUAAUUCUCAAGCUCUGCCUUCCAGAACUGGGAAAAGCGUUUGACCUUUAAGGAAAAAGGAAGAUAUUGGUGCAAAAGGAUCUCUCUCUCUCUCUUUUUUUUGGCUUGAUCCCAGACGUGAAGGAUUGUAUAGUGUAUAUAUAGAUAUAUAUUUGAUGUGUCAUACUUAAACUUGCUAAACUAAGAGCAUAAGCAACACACUUUGGAGCAAUGAAGAAGUUCUUUGACUCUCGACGAGAGCAGGGCGGAUCUGGAGCCGGUUCUGGUACCAUUGGGGGAAGCAGCAGCAACACAGGGCCAGGCAGCGGUUAUAUAGGCCGGGUUUUCAAUAUCGGAAGGCAUCAGGUGACUGUUGAUGAGGUUCUAGCUGAAGGUGGGUUUGCAAUUGUAUUCCUGGUGAGGACCAGCAACGGGAUGAAAUGUGCCCUCAAACGGAUGUAUGUCAACAAUGAAUACGACCUACAAGUCUGCAAACGGGAGAUUCAGAUAAUGAGGGAUCUUGCUGGACACAAGAACAUUGUUGGAUACAUAGAUUCUAGUAUAAACUCUGUGAGCAGUGGGGAUGUUUGGGAAGUUUUAAUUCUAAUGGAUUUUUGCCGAGGAGGCCAGGUGGUGAAUCUGAUGAAUCAGCGUUUACAAACGGGUUUUACGGAAAGUGAAGUUCUGCAGAUUUUCUGUGACACAUGUGAAGCUGUGGCCAGGCUACACCAAUGCAAACUGCCCACAAUCCACAGGGAUUUGAAGGUGGAAAAUAUCCUACUCCAUGAUCGUGGCCAUUAUGUUCUAUGCGAUUUUGGAAGUGCCACCAACAAAUUCCAGAACCCUCAGCUUGAAGGAGUAAAUGCAGUGGAAGAAGAAAUCAAAAAGUAUACCACGCUAUCCUAUAGAGCACCAGAAAUGGUCAAUCUUUAUAGCGGCAAGCUGAUUACUACAAAAGCAGAUAUAUGGGCUCUGGGCUGCUUGCUAUACAAACUCUGCUAUUUCACUUUACCAUUCGGAGAGAGCCAGGUGGCAAUUUGUGAUGGAAACUUUACCAUUCCUGACAACUCUCGCUACUCCCAAGACAUGCACUGCCUCAUAAGGUAUAUGCUAGAGCCAGAUCCUGACAAAAGACCCGAAAUUUACCAGGUCUCCUAUUUUGCAUUCAAGCUAGCUAAGAGGGAGUGUCCAAUCCAAAAUGUACAGAACUCCCCAAUCCCUGCCAAGCUUCCUGAGCCAGUGAAAGCAAGUGAAGCUGCUGCUAAGAAGACCCAGCCAAAAGCCAGGCUGACGGAUCCUAUUCCUACGACAGAAACAUCCAUCACCCCACGCCAAAGACCCAAAGCUGGGCAGACACAACCUAAUCCAGGAAUUUUGCCCAUCCAGCCUGCCCUGACUCCUAGGAAGAGGCCCACAGCUCAAGCAAAUAUCCAGGCGCAGGCUGCAGUGCCAGCAUCUUUGGCUAGCAGUCAGCCUUUGCUUCCUGCAGGUCUCUCACAGCCAAAAGCUCUGCCUCAGCCGAGUCAACCUCAGCCUAAGCAGCCGGUCCCUGUACAGCCAGCUGCUGCUGCCUGCCAGCCACAGGUUCCUUCAACUCAGCCCCAAGCCACUCCACAGCACCAGAUCUUCUUAAAACAGCAGCUGCAGCAACGGCAGCUGCAACAGCAGCAGCAGCAGCAGCAACAACAACAACAGGCUCCAUUCUUUCAGCAUCCACCAGCAGCUCAGCAGCCAGUACAAGCUCCAGCACAGCAGCAAGCAUUGCCGCAGGCACCUCAGCAACCUGGGAAGCCACAGUUUCCAGUGGUGCAGCAGGGAGUGGUUGCCACGGCACAACCACAGCCAGUACAGAACUACAUGCAGCAGCCGCAGCAACUGACCCAACAGACCACUGUACAGCCGAAGACAACUGUAGCAGCAGCGCAGCAGACGCAACCAACUCAGAACCUGCCACAGGCACAGCAGGUUGUGGCUCAACCAGCCUCUACACAGGAUCAGCCGCAAGCACCUCCACGUCAACAAAAGACCCCAAAGACCCCUCCUUCAGCUGUUCAAGGGCAGAAGGUGGGCUCCCUCACGCCCCCAUCCUCCCCCAAGACGCAGCGAGCUGGACACAGGAGGAUUCUGAGUGACGUGACGCACAGUGCCGUCUUCGGAGUCCCGGCGAGCAAAUCGACUCAGCUUCUCCAGGCGGCCGCAGCUGAGGCCAGCCUCAACAAAUCCAAGUCUGCUUCGACUACCCCUUCCGGUUCCCCCAGAACCUCUCAACAAAACGUCUACAACCCUCCAGAUGUCUCCACCUGGAAUCCCUUUGAUGAUGACAACUUCUCCAAGCUCACAGCAGAGGAGCUAUUGAACAAGGAUUUUGCAAAACUGAACGAUGGUAAACUUCCGGAGAAGCUCAGCGGCUCCACUGAAAACCUGAUUCCGGGUUUUCAGCCUGCACCUUCCACAACGCAAGCAGAUGCAUUUGGGCCAUCUUCUGUUGCAUCUGUAUCGGCUGAAAAAACAAAAGAUAUUCUGGACUCUAGCCCGCCACUUCUGGCUGUUCCUGAUCCUUUCAUUCCUCUUCCUCUGUCAGAUACACCAGAAAAACUGAUUGAGGGUCUCAAAUCUCCUGAGCCUGCACUUCUGCUCCCUGAUAUCCUGCCUCUUGCAGAUCCCUUUGGUAGCUCGCCUGAUGCUGUGAAUGGACAAGCCGACCUAACUGUUGACAGUCUCAUACCAGGCCUUGAGGCCCCUGUUCCCCAGUGUGCAUCAUCGCAGACUGAUACUAUGGCUGCAAACAGAGCAGAUUCUGUCACUGGGGAGGACUCCCUGCUUGAUUGCUCUCUUCUUUCUAACCCAGCCACUGCUGACCUUCUGGAUGAAUUUGCUCCUUUAGCCAUUUCAUCCCAAACUCACAAAGAUGAUACUAACCUGAUCUCGGGCUUUGAUCUCCCAGAGGGCUCUGAAAAAGUGACAGAAGAUGAGUUUGACCCCAUCCCUGUGUUAAUAUCCAAAAAUUCACAAGGUGGGCAUUCUAGAAACAACAGUGGAAGCUCUGAAUCCAGUCUUCCCAACCUAGCCAGGUCUCUACUGCUAGUGGAUCAGCUCAUAGACCUGUAGCAGUCAAUCAGUAACAGAUGCGGUUUCUGUAACGUACUUAAAUCCGACUCUCUUUUUUUUCCCCCCCUUCACCCCGCCUAAAGGAGCUAUCUUUAGUUGUUGGGUGGCUUUGGUUUGGUUUUCAUUUAAAAACGACCCUGCAAAUGGAAGGAGCCCUCUCUUGGGGCUUCUCUGUACUCCUUCACAGCACGUCCUCGAUAUAGCUUGCUGCAGUUUCUUGUGCACUCCACUCUCCUAGCCUCUUUCUUCAGAGCGCUACUGUUCAUCAGUCACCUUGCUGAAACUUAUCCCAUGGCUCCACCUAAAAACUCUCCCUGAAAAUGAAUUACGUAUAACCCUGCUAGAAUUGCCUAUUUCUAAUACUGCCACCUCUGCCCCUUUCUGUAGUCUAGUGGAACAAAAAUGUACAUCCACCUCUUUCUUUCAUUUAAAGAAAAAGUCGAAAGGUAAAGGACAGUGAAAAUAGUUUUGCCUUGUCCCUCUCUGAUGCAAGGGAAUCUGUUGGGAAGGUUGGUUCAACUUUGGGCACUGCCAAAAUUGGGUUCAUGUGACCGGCCAAGUGCAGACAAAAAAAGAUCAUGCGUUUUGAAAGAGGAUGUUUUCUCCCUAACUUUUACUGUUCCACCACCUGCUUAGGAAUGGACUGUGCUUUUUAAAAUAAAUAUUAACACCAUGGAAGUUAUCCCACGCAAACUAAGUUACAAAUGUAAAACAUUAUAAAACAUGUAAAAAGCAUGGCUAAGGCCUUUUUCUGUUGAAUUUAAUGCUUGGUUGAAGAGGGCAUUGAGGCAACAGAUGGAUCUUCUUGUGGGUUCAGGCCCAUAGAGGAAUUUUUAUGUACAUCAGAUUUCCCUGACAGUUCUCCCCUCUCAGAUUCUUACAGUGUAGCCAAAAUUGUUAAACAUGAUCUUUCCUCAAUCACUUUGGGUUUUUGCUGUCUCCCUUUGUAACUGCAUAUAGUGUUAACAUGGAUCCAAAUUUUCCUCUCCCAGUAGACAAAAUGACUGUGACCUUUAUUCAGAUCCUUCAGUCUUUGUAGAGCUAGCAUGCACUCCUUGUCAGCCAGUUGAGAGUAAGUGCUUUUCAGCUUAGGUGUUACCUGAAUGGGUUUUACCUUUUCUUUCCACCUCGAUAUGCUUGGUUUCGUCAAACUACUGGAUAUAGUAAACUUGUUCUCAUUGACUUCUGAUCUUCAAGUCCACAGUUAACUGUCACACAAGAUGUUCUUCUGAAGAGAAGAACUGCCCUUGCUCCUUAGUGGAAUAAUAGCUUAAUGCUAACUUUGUGUAUGUGUAUGUAGCUGUAAUAGUAAAAAAAAAAAGUUCAGUUUUCCCCAUGUGUGAAGGUAUGAAUGAUUAAACUUCUAGGUGUAUCAGCCUCUCCUAGGAAGAGGAAAAGACAUUUUGAUGUCCCCAAGUAUUUUUCUCUGUUCUUCCCCCUUCCUCUCUCAUAUCUCGUCCAAACCUCUUCCCCACCAGAAAUUAGCUUAACAAAUUCUGUAAAUAGACAUUUAACUGUCCUGUCAGUUCUGUAUGAAUUUUUUUCUAAAACCUGCAUACACACUUCAUGAUAAAGUAUUGCUUACGUGUGCUGUGUCCAUUUGCGUGUUUCUGCUGCACUUUCCAGAUGAUCUACACGACAGAACUGUGGGAAAUGAUCUCAGUAAAAAAAAAAUGUUGAUAGAUCUUUAUAUUUUUGAGGGUUGUUUUGCUUUUUGAUUCCUAAAGCACAGGCAACUGAGGCUGGAUAAUAUGGGGAGGGGGGAGCUUUAGAUAGAAAGUUAUUGUAUAGUCAGAUACUGAAAAUAUAUGGAAAAAAGAAUGGAUUUUUUUAACAAAGUAACCACCUACUGUAUAUUAGAAACAAACAAAAGACCCACCCAAUUUCUGUGAAUUAAAGUGCUUUUACAAGAAUGUGUACCAUUUUAAGUCUAAUUGAACUUGUUGAAGAGUUCCGGAAGCAGAGUUGUGAAGGGACUUGGUGACUCAAGAACUGUGCAAUUAACUCCGCAACUGUGAAGGUGGUGGUGGUGGGGGGGGGGGGGGGGGGUUCAGCUAUUUGUCCAUCCGGUCAGGCAAAACUGAAAUAGUGGAAAUAAUUUAUUGUGUACAGCAGUUUCUGAAAUGAUCCAAGGUCAUUGAAAUGACGUGUGGCAGAUCCUUUAAUAAACAGCACGAGACUGAAAUUCUGGGAAUGGUGGAUAUUAUUAGUAUGCUGCAAGUUAAAGAGGUGAUGGUGCCUGUUUUAAAAAGGCAGCCAAGCAAGCCUUGAGCAGUCAGUGCUGCUUCGUCCCUCUUCUCCGCUCCCCGACAUUUUCACUGUAACCAAAUGGGGUAUUCUAGGGCCAGUUCUGCAAUAGUGAAGUGUGAGGAAAUCUAUAUCGGUUGGCAUAUUUGGGGGUACAGUUUGGGUUUUCUGUCUUGGAUACCAAAAUGCUUUCUGCUUUCCUUGAAAUCCUGAUAUCAAAGAAGAAAGGGCUGAUUAUUGUCUUUGUGAAAGGGAGCAAGAAGGGCUUUUAGUUCCUGCAGUGAGCUAUUUGCUUUCCCUCGGCCUAUCUGUCUUUUAUUGGAGGAGUUAUGCUAUGCUACUGGCAUUAGCAUCCCUAGGGAGGAAUUCCUUUUCCAACCUGAACAUGUAAUCUUAUAGAAUUAAAUGAGUUUGGUCCACCAUGUGCCGGGUACUAUCAGUGGUGUCUUGUGAAGUUGGAAAAACAUAUAACAAUGUGGCCUCCAUUCAUAUGGUAUACCCAAGAUCAGGAUGUGGGUGGGUGGGGGAGAAUUCACUAUAAGAAUACUAAUUACUUUUGGGAAAUGUGAAAAACAACUCUCAGAGAUACUGGAGAUUUUGUCUGAACAGUCCCUUAUUGUGUAACAUAGGAAUGGGCUGACUUGAAUCUUGUGUAGUAUAUUUCCCCCCUUUUUAUACCUAGAAUCCCUCUCAUUGGACUGUGUGCUUGUCAACUGGUACAACAAUAAUGCCUUCCUAGAAAAGGAAUGCCUUAACUGUAAAAGUUCCUAAACCUGUGCUCUUGCUUAUGCAAUGUACAGGACAAUCCAACGGUUACUCUGCAGUCCCAUGCAUGAGACUGAACAGUGAACAUGCUUGGGAGAAUCAGGCCAGUAGCUUUCUAUUUCCUUACUCUUUGCCAGAAUUUCAGCAACCUGCAGGCGUUAGGCCCCUUCCGCACAUGCAGAAUAAUGCACUUUCAAUUCACUUUCAAUGCACUUUGCAGCUGUGCGGAGUAGCAAAAUCCACUUGCAAACAAUUGUGAAAGUGGAUUGAAAGUGCAUUAUUCUGCAUGUGCAGAAGGGGCCUAAGAUGAACCACAGGAAUUGGCCAGUGGAACUGGAGUCUUUUGUAUACUAAUGCAAACAUAGCAUGGUAAACAGCCUUGUUAUAACUAGGCAAUAAUCACAAAGGAGGUAUAAUGUGACAGGAUGUGUAUUGAAUCUACAGCCCAGCGACCAUAACAAAUCCGUGUUACCCAAUAAAAAUCCAAGCAACAAUCUUACCUUAAUCUUUCAGGGCUACUUUCAGGGCACAGCUUGUAAUGUACACGAGCCAGUGAUUCUUAGCUGUUCAAAUACCUGUACUUUGCGGAAUGAAGGAUAUUCUGUCUCCUCCAAGAGUGAGGAUGUGAAGUGGACUGUCCUAACCAAGCAGAGUGCCCACUGAUCUUUCGUUCAAACUCUGUUAUGUAAGGGCAGUGAAGGAAUUCUCUAAUCCUGAUUUUCCAAAUAGAGUUUUCUGCACAUUGACUAGAGAUGGCUUCCUCUUUCCUUAAAUUUAGUAGCUUUGAUGCUGACAUGAUUGGACACUAUACCAAGAUCCCGAUGGGUUAGAAAUUACCAUCACAAAGUAGACUCUGCCUUUAAAUGAAACUUAGCAAUUGAUAUAAAAUUUGAAAGCGUCAAGCAGACUUAACAUUGGUUUACUAAGACUUCCCACAUUUGAUAUUUGUUCUUCUUUUUAAAAGUGUGUUCCACAUACAUGUCUGGUGAAUGUGCAUUCCAGGUUGAAGUACAUCCUACAUGUUCAUUAAAUGUCUGCGACAGUGAAACAAUUUAGUGCCGACAGUCUCCUUGGUGUUGUACAGAACACCAAACUUGUGUGAUCCCUUAACAAUAUUAAGACAUGGUGGAAGUUAAAAGAGUGAGAGACAGCUUGAUUAGAGGAAUCACAAUGCUAUAGCUCUGUAAACAUGAUAUUAGUGGUCUAGAGAGGAUUUUCUUGUGAAACAGAUUUUGAGGGAGAGGUCUGGAAGAGGAGAGGAUGGUUUCUUAAUAAAUAUCAGUACAAUCCUACGGAGAGUUACUUCAGUUGAAGCCCAUUCAUUUCAAUGGGUUUAGAUGGGAGUAAGUCAAUGUAGAAUUACUCUGUAACAGCCGAGUCCUCAGCCUGAGGUGGCUGGGACUGGUGCUGCCAUGGUGCCACUUUUCCACCUCCAGAGGGCUUUCCAGUGGUGCAGGGAGGCAGACCCCCCCUGCCCCCAAAAAGCCUUCCACUGGAAAGCCCUCUGUAAUGUAUUCAAGCCCUUAGGCUUAUCCAGUCAAUGGAAUGUUCACAGCCUGAAGGGUUAAUUUAGAACUCCACGGGAUUGGCUAUGAGACCUGCACAGCAUUAUAAAGCCUGAGGACAGGGAGUCCUGAAAAAAAAGAAGUUAUGUUGUGAGAGCCAGAGUGAAUGGUAGCUCUGUUAUCUGGAAGUGGAGAGUCAGUUCAGAGUGGGCUUCUGAAUUAAGUACCAAGUUCAGAGUGCGUUUCUGAAUUAAGUACCAAGAAAGGCAGAGUUCAGAAAAAGAAAUCUGUACCAGAGUUUCUGGAGUUAAAUAUAACACACUGAUUAAUGUACUGAUUAAUCACAUUGGUGGCUUGGUUAUUUUUUUCCUCUGAGGAGAACCCCACUUAGAUAUGAAGCUUCUGAGAGAAGGGGAGUUAUAUAGAGAGGAUUGGAGCUUCCUUAAGGAGAACAGCCAGCCUUUUAUAAUAAACACCAUAUGAGAGAGACACUCUAAGGGAGAGUUAGUGUUAGUGUCCAAAAAACUGUGUGUGUAUAGUACUUACCUGAGUGUAAAAAGUGAGAUUUUUAGAAAAAGGGCUAGAUAGACAAGCAGAAUACUGUAACAACUGUAUUGAAGAAGCAGUUUUAUUUUCUCUAGUAUCAAAGUGAUUGUAUUAUCAGGAAGGCAUAAAUAUAGUGUCCUGUCUGUAAUUUGUAUCAACUGAAAAAGUUAUUUAAAAGAGAGACUAAAAUUUUGUACAUAGUAGCCUCUUUAAAACCACCUUCCUUUGUACUUAUCUUUUUUUCUCCUUAAUCCUUUGCUAGUUUAGUUCUUUUAAACUUCUUCCUGUAAAUAAAAUCUUUCAAUUUCUGGUUUCUAUUUUACAAGCCUCUGGUGCCAUUUUUUUAUUUAGUUCAUGACAAAGACAAGAGGUUAUUUUAGUUUUUUUCCAGAGAUACUGCCCUACUUAACAGACAAGUGCUCUGGAAGAAUAGCUAAAGACUAUUUAGAUGGCCUCUUAGGAAAAAAAAUAUGUGGGAAAACUGGACAAGAAUUCUUAAAUAGCCUCUCCAAGUUACUAAAUUUUUGUUCUGACAGUAAAAAGUUGCUCAGUCAGAGCUGUGCUGUCAGAUUUUCCUUCAGGGCACAGGCAGUUGGCAGCUUUCUGUUUGUGAGAGGCACACCCUCUCUCUGUGUCACUGAAGAGACUAGAGGGUGCCUUGUUAUACCUUCCAUAGGACUUGAUGGAUUUACGCCACCCUUUUAGGUGGCUAAGUCCAAACCCUAGGACGUGGCGCAACUGGUCACAAACCUGGGAUGGAAACAAACUAACAUUGGCUUCACCCUCAGAAACAAAACUGCUCAUCCCCGUUCUCCCCACUGGCAUCUAACUGGACGCCAGCACGGCUCCAUGGUGGUCUGGACUUCUGGGUUUUCCCACUAUGGAGCUGAGAGGCAGUCAGUCGCUUGGUCCUUUUGCCUCCUCCACUGGCAGGGGUGUCACUUCACCGUAGGAGGGGGUGAACUCAUCAGCGCAACCUAGCACUGCGUCCAAGACACAACCUAUCCACCCCCCAAAUUAGGAUUGCACUGUAAGUCUCUUGGAGCCCUAAAGGUGGUGGUCUAGGAACAGAACCAAUAGAGUUGCAAUGGGAUAUAUGUACAUUAUAUCCAGCUCUGGGUACAGACCUUAAUCAAGCCUAAUUCUUCUCCUUUCCAGAAAGGGUUAGUCUUGGCCAGAGUCUCUCAUGCUCAUAAUCCCUAGGUUGUGCUUUUCCUAAAAGCUCUUACAUAUAAAGAACAAUCUAUAUGGAGUUAAAGAAUUUCUUUACAGUGCAAUUCUAUAGACACUUGCUACAAUUGAUUCCAAUGGGCUUUGACACAAGUAACUCUUCAUAGGAUUAUACUGUUAAUCUACUUGUUAGUGAUUAGAAUUCUGAACCCUAAUGUGAAUGUUUAACCACCUUCUGGUUUUUCAUACGAAAAGUAAGCCUUCCUUUUAUCCCUUCUGCGUUCCACUGAUAAUCCUGGAGCAGAUUAUUCAUCAACACCAAUCUGAUACCUCCCUGUCCAGCAGGCUCUACUCCUGAGACUCCAGAACCAGCUAGCCUCUUCCCUUGACUUUGCUAGAUGCCAUUCUCUCUCUUCAACUGCCGCACUCAAUUGUAGGCCUGGUGGAACAGUUCUGUCUUGCAAACUCUGUGGAGCUGAGAUAAGUCCUGCAGGGCCCUGGUCUCAUUUGAUAGAUGGAUUCUCUCCUCUCCAUUUUACCUUUGUGACUGUCAUGUGAGUUAGGUAGGGUUGGGAGAAUGGCUGGCUCAAGGUCUCCCAGCAACCCAUCAUGGCAAAACUGGAAUCUUAAUCAGGUCCUAGUAUGAUGCUUUGCCCUGACUGGCCCAGGCUAGGCCGGUCUCAUCAGGGUCCGCCCUGGUACCCACUAAGGAAAUCCAGAGUUGCUACACAGAGGCAGGCAAUGGCAAACACCUCUGAACAUCUCUUGCCUUGAAAACCCUAUGGGGUUGCAAUAAGUCAUCUUUGUCUUGAUAAUACCUUAACCACGACACCGUUGUUACAAUUUUCCUAACACCUUUAGUAGUUCUGUUGAUACAGGAGUCUGGGAUCCAUGGCUGUGUUUAAUUUUCAGUGUUGGUAAACUAGACUUUUCUAGAUUCCUGAAAAGCAUGAAAGCACUUUUCCCCUGGCGUAGGCUCACUCAUUUCUACUUUCUACACUGUGUCUAAGCCGUCUUCUGUGUUGCUGCCAGUCCCACUGAAACUUAACUUGCUGUUGGCCACCACUGGCCUCCCGGUGGUCAAUUGGAAGCGUUCCUGAUAAGUUAAAAGAACAGUCCAUCCAAGUAGUAGGCCAAAAGGCCAAAUAAAUGGAAACUGCAAUGGCCACAGAACUGUAGAAUGCUUUGAUGGAAUGUCAGAAAACUUCUAGAAUGCUUUGAUGGAAUGUCAGAAAACUUCCAUGUCAUUCAAGUAGAAAGCAGUGAUACAAUGGGAUCAAAAUAAUUCUUCCCUUUCCUUUUCUCUGGCCCUUUCCCCCUUGCACCUCUCUUGCUCUGGAUUCUGCCUUAGGUCCACUUGUCUCCAAAUGCAGACUCCCCUACUGUGGUUUUGCUUCUUCAAAGCAGCACUGCUUUUUAUUAGGGUUCUCUUUAGGACCUGCAGUACUGUUGAAAACUAAUGAAGGAAAGAGCCCCCUGGUUAAUUUAGUGGCUCUUCUGUCAGAUCUUGCAACUUGCUGAACAUGCGUUUAACAUGUUUCAUAUUGCUUUGUUUCUUGCAGUUAACUGGACAGUGUAUUUGUUACCCUUCAGUGGUGUGAUUACCCCCAUCCUCCAUUGAUAUUUGUAGAUGGUACAUAUUUUGUGUUAUUCAUCUAUGCAAAUAAAUUGGACACAAUCCACUGGGAAGUUCUCCUGUGUAAGUUGUAUGGGCAUCAAAUCUUUACAUAGCUCCUAUCAGUUCCCAUGAGGGAGAAACCUCCAGUGGAAUGUAUUUGAUAACUUCAGAAUUGCAGUAAUGACUUGGAGCUAAACUAUUCCUUUUGCCUACAAUCCCUGUGGCCGCGUCUGCUAGAUCUGUGUCUGGGUAUCCUACACUGCGGUAUUGUAUAGAUCCUGGUGUUGUGAGUUUGUAUACCUUUUUUUUCUACUUUGAUCUCGUGUUUUAAAGGAAGGUAAAGCAAACUGUAUACAUUGGGGAGUUUCUCCUUUGGUUCAAUUGUAGACAACUGAACACUGCUAUGCAAGUGUUGUAUGGGAGGAAAAUGUUGUUCUGUAUAACUUAACACCUCUGUAAAUGUUUCAAGGAAUAAAAUCUUUAACUGUUUAUUACCAUGCAUAA